CACCAGCCAACAGCACCGGCACUUGGGGCUCAUACAGACUAGCGGAGUUAGUAGCAGUAGUGCCAACCCCGAGUUCCCUUGCCCAUCCCGGUGUCCCACGGCUCCCAGCAGCAUGAGCGGGCAAUCGGACCGUACCAUGUAGCCCGGGGGGGGCAGGGGGGCAGCGGGCCAGAGGCUGACAGACCAAAGCAGAGCUCGGAGCUGCCGCGCUGAAUGAACGCCAUGUGAAUAUUGGGCGGAGUGAGAGGCGCUGAUGUCAGAGCUUCCCCACGUUGUGACUCCCUGUGCUAAGUAGGCAGAAGCCACAAGCAAGUGGGUGCUGUGGGCGCGGAGUCCCUGUCAUGAGCCUGGGCAGAGAGGAGCACCGGACUGGGGGCGGUUGAAGUUUGGCCGCUUUUUGGGGGCGUGCGGGAGAAUGAGGGGCAACUCGAGUGACUUGUGUGAGUCCCAGUUACACCUAAACCCUGGGGUGAGUCCAACCCACAGCGCUAUGAUGUUCUCUCUCGGGGUACUGGGCAACCUCAUCGCUUUGGUGCUGCUGGAACAUCGCAGGAGGGGGAUCAGGGGGAAGAUCUCUCUCUUCCACAUCCUGGCCACUGGGCUGGUCAUCACUGACCUGAUGGGGACCUGCAUGCUUAGCCCUGUAGUUUUGUCAGCUUACUCCAGCAACCUGACCCUCAAAGCUUUGGGGGGCAGUGAUAAUUUCAUUGUCUGCCACUAUUUUGCCUUUGCCAUGACUUUCUUCAGCCUGGCUACUAUGCUGGUCCUAUUCGCCAUGGCAUUGGAGAGGGCAAUGGCCAUUGGGCACCCUUACUUCUAUGAGAAGUUUAUCAGUAAGCGCUGUGGUCUUGUUAUGUUCCCUGUAAUAUACUCCUUCUGCAUCUUCUUCUGCCUCUUCCCAGCCAUGGGGGCCGGGGAAUACAUCCAGUACUGCCCUGGCACCUGGUGCUUCAUCAACAUGAGAGGGCAGCACAUAGAUGGGUCCACCAGCAAUGUCUACUCCACUCUUUAUGCCACCCUCCUGCUCAUAGUGAUUAUUGCAGUGCUGACCUGCAACUUCAUAGUCAUCAUCAGCCUGGUGAGGAUGCACAAGCGCCAAAAAUCAAGACUUGGCUCUCUCAUGGUAACCAAGAAAGAAAGGAUGUCCAUGUCUGAGGAGAUAGAUCAUCUUAUUCUUCUGUCCCUGAUGACUAUUAUAUUCUUUAUCUGCUCUGUGCCUUUCACAUGCAGGAGCUCAAAGGGAAAUGAGGGACUUUUCAGUAAGAAUCCAGGACUGUGGGCCAAGCUGAUAAAAGAGGGACUGUCCCGUGAAAAUGAAUUUACACAAGAGGUCCAAGUAUACAUGAAUAGGUUCUGUCCGGAUUGCCAUAAUGACGACAGGGACCUUCUGGCUCUAAGAUUUCUUUCAUUCAAUUCAAUUAUUGACCCCUGGGUCUUUACCAUUUUAAGGCCACCUGUUCUUAGGCUUAUGCGUUAUGUUUUGUGCUGUCAGAAGACAUUCAAAAUUAAAGAAAUUGCAAAGUCUCCAUCUUUGACCAGUCGACUAUCAAAUACUAAACUGACCAACGUGGACAUAAAAUAUGGAAGUGCUCAGAAGCCUGAUGGCCAUAAUCAAAUUCCUCAUGGAGAGAAUACUUAAGGGAAGAACUUUGUCCUACUGGAUUUAUUACCACUAAGAUUGAAUGUGGCCAUUUGGCUGUGUUUUGGUUUCAGGCAAGGCACAUGUAAUGGGCAGGUGUAUUGCCCUAGGUUUAUAGAACAGAAGAACAAAGCUAAUAUUACUGGUUGUAUCAUUCAAUAUUAAUAUGUUUUGGUUAAUCCCAGUCAUGAUGGGCCUCUUACAGAUCUUAUUGUAAUGAUAAAGCUGCCAGAGCUUUACUAUAUCAUUGGAUUCCAUUGUGCUCAAGUAGAGACUUAGAUACAGUUUCAGGCCUUGCAGCAUUUCUUAAGAACCACUAAUAGGUCACCCAUUUGAUACCAUUUCUCGAAGAGAGAUAUAUUUAUAUGCGCCAAUGUCACCCUGCUCUCAAUAUUACAGAGCCGAAUUGAUUUUAGUGGUGAGUCCCUGGAAUCCUUGAUGGAUAUCAGCACACACUGUAAUGUAAACAUGUUUGUUAUCAGAGUGAUCCAGCACAUGUUUACACAGAGAUGAGCUAGUUCAUAAGCAGGCUUGCUCUCUUCGUGUGAGAUAUUUUGCAAACCAAAAUAUUUGUUGGAUGUUCUUGUAGUAGAAGAGCUAGGACAUCUAGCAAUGGCAUUAGCAAUUUACAGAAGGAUGGACAAGCAGACAAACACUUUAUUUUAAAUCAGUGAAGAUUCAGUUGCAUAGGGAAAUGGAAAUAUCAACACUCAAAUGUAUAUUUCCUUAAAUAAAAUUGACAAUGAACUAAUAUUCUAUCUUAUAAGGGCAAUAUACACCAAUAUUCAUUAAAGCAGUCUAUUAUUUUAGUUAAUAUAAUGAUAAUUGCUGUACAAAACAGCACCGAACAAAUACAUUGAUCCCACCCCUGUAGAUUCCGAGACAGUUGUGGAAGGAGGAAAAGUUAUAUAAGGCAUCAGAUCAUUUUUUAAGGUUAAAACCAAGGGAAUGCCUCCUUAUCUGUAAGCUUGAGUCAAAGGUGAAAUUAUACAGAACUCAUUAAAUGAAUAUUGCAUAUUUCAGGGGGUGAAGACAGUAAAUGAAACUCAAUAAUUUGCCCUUUAUAUUAUAAAAACAAUGAAGGCAGAACAUUUUUUCAAUACAUGUCCUAUUUAUCUGAUAAAAAGUAAAAUGUGUGUGUAUAUAUGUAUAUAAUACAGAAAAACCAUGAAUAUA